AUUUUGAUCGUCGCUCGGAAAGCUUUAUGACAAGUCUGUUGCAAAAAAAAGUCUAUAUAAAGAGACCAAAAUUGUAUGUAAUCGUGUGGCAGUAAAUGAAUACCAGUGGAAUAUACAUGAAAAAAGUGGUGAAAGAAAUAAUGGAACGAUUUAAUCAUUGGAGUGAAUUUGUGCUAAAUCCAUUAGAAAAAUGAUUAAAAUAAUUAGUGACAGUAUUGGAUUAAGUGCUGUAUUUUAAUUGCAACCAUUUUUCAAUAAACUCUUAACAUUUUACGGAUUACCAUAAAGCUGAAGACCAAACAAGCCGCCAACUUUCAUCCAUAUCCAUUCCCUUUUGAAAGAUGCCAGUAAAUUCAAAAUGGAGAUCAUUUUUCAAAGAAAAUCUGUUAACAAUUCUCACGAUUGUGGGUGUAUUUGGUGGCACAUGCAUCGGUCUAAUCAUGAAAGAAUGCACGUCGCCAUGGUCACAACGCGAAAUUAUGUAUAUAUCAUAUCCAGGUGAAUUGUUUUUAAGGAUGCUUAAGUGUCUGAUAGUACCGUUACUCGUAUCAUCUAUAACUAGUGCGAUAGGUUCAUUAGAUCUAAGUAUGUCUGGAAAAAUUGCUACAAGAUCGAUAGUUUAUUACGUAACAACAACAGUUUCGGCUGUCAUUCUUGGCAUUAUCCUAGUGUCGACGGUACGACCUGGAGUUGUGAGCCAAAUAGAUGCAGCGGACGCGGUAAAGUCAUCGAACUCAUCUAAGCCAAUGACGAGACAAGUUCUUACUGCCGACACGUUACUUGAUUUGAUAAGAAAUUUGUUUCCACCCAACAUUAUCGAAGCAACAAUAUACCAAGAUAGAACCAAGCUAGUACCACAUGACCCACCAAACGAUACACUGCCACUGAAUCAGUGGAAAAUUACCCCCGACUCAAGCAAAGGUACAAAUGUAUUGGGUAUCGUUAUGUUCAGUGUCGUCUUUGGCGCUACCAUUGGAAAGAUGCGAGCGAAGGGAAAACCUUUGUUGGAUUUCUUUGUUUCUCUUAGUGAAGCUAUGAUGAUCAUCACUUCUUGGGUAAUCUGGUUAUCGCCAGUGGGUGUGUUCUUCUUGGUUUUGUCGAAAGUACUGGAAAUUGUUAGCUUCACUGAAAUGGUCGGGCAACUCGGAAUGUACUUCAUCACCGUCAUGCUCGGUCUACUUAUCCACGGACUCGGAACGAUACCUUUAUUAUUCUUUUUAGUUGUUAGACGGUUACCGUAUCGAGAUAUUUCAAAAAUGGGACAAGUUUUGGCCACCGCUUUCGGUACAGGAUCAAGUUCAGCAACAAUGCCAAUUACGAUCCAAAGUUUGGACAAUAUGGGACUGGAUCCUCGUGUAACACGAUUUGUGAUUCCGGUAGGUGCAACGAUCAACAUGGAUGGCACGGCACUGUACGAAGCCGUAGCUGCACUAUUCAUAGCGCAAUUGAGAGGAAUUUCGUUAUCAUUUGGACAUAUCGUUGCCGUAAGUGUUACUGCUACUGCGGCUAGUAUCGGUGCUGCUGGAAUACCACAAGCAGGACUUGUGACAAUGGUCAUGGUAUUGGAUACUGUCGGUUUACCAGCUGAAGAUGUGACGAUCAUCAUUGCUGUCGAUUGGCUUUUGGACAGAUUUAGAACUACAAUCAAUGUUAUGUGUGACUCAAUAGGAGCGAUUUUAGUCAACCAUCUAUCGAGAGGAGAUUUGCGAUCAGAUUUCGACAAUGGUGACCCACACGAGCUGCAGGAACUGAAGUCUGGAAGCAAUGAUAAAGAUUAAAUUGAAUGUUUUUUCUGUUGUUGGUUUUUAAUUCAAAUAAGCUUUAUACAUUAUGAAUGCAUUUUCUUUUUGUAAAAAAAAAACAUAUUCUUUAGAGAAGUCCACCGAGAGAGCUUCUUGUAAAUAUAUACUUAAUAGUAUAAGUACAAAAAAUUUAACUACUUCUGAAAGUGUUCAAUGUAAAUUUAAAACAAAAGAAAAAAUUAUACUCAAAAAUUUUGAAGAUGAAAAGAUGAGAAAAUCAAAAAGAGAGAAAAAAAAUAAAAUUAAAAUUAAAUCGAAAUAGACGUUAGACAACAUUUUAAUGUAUAGAACAGAAAUCAUUUAAAAAGAAAUCCAUUGGACAUUUAAAAUUAAAAAUUUAAAGAAAAAAGAAAUGUUAGUCAAUGUCAUACCUAAUAGCUCCGGUCGUUACCCAAAUCUUUUCCAUUAGAAAAUCCACCCAAUAAUUUACUGGAAUUUACAUUGAAAAAUAUUCUUGUUGUAAAACUGAACGUUUCAAUAAUCUAAUGACAAAAAAUCGUCUGAAUUUUACAUACCAAGACUUGGUGACCAUGUAUAACAAAAAAUAUUGCAAAAAUACCUGAACCUUUGAUCGAAAUUGAAUUGAAAUCCUAGAGGGUGUUCGGUAUGACAGCAAAAAUGUGUCCAGUUCGUUAGGAAAAUUGUGAGUAAAUGCUAGUAAAUGUUUCUAAUUAAAUUUAAGCUAAAAAAACAUUAUUUUGAAACAUAAACAUUAUAAAAUGCA